CCCCACCAACCAGACCAACCAACAGCAAGAGCAGGUGGGCAGGCCUCAGCCCUCCUCCCCAGGUCAGCUGCAGCCUCAGCCCGGAGCCACCCAGCUGCCCAUCUCCCGGCACGAUGGUCCGCUGCCGAGUGAGGAGCCCCAGCCAUCACCCUCACCAGGAGUCUGGUGAGGGCCAGCAGCAGGAGCAGGGGCUGAGCCCAGAGCACGGGGAGGCCUACGGGAGGACACACAAAGGUCGCUACCACAGGCGCAGGCGCUGUUCUCGGAGGAGGCCAUACCGGAUCUACAGGCGGCACAGGUCCUGCCGAAGGCGCAGGAGACGCAGCUGCAGGAGACGCAGCUGCAGGAGGCGACGCCGAGCCUGCAGAAGACGCAGGAGGAGAAGAUGCGGGAGGUACCACUAAACCUUCCCGGGCCCUGCUGGAAGCUACAGAAGUCACCUGCUCAAGAAACAGUGCCAUAACACCCCUCCGUUGAUGCCUAAACCCUGAGUUUCCAAGGACCCCAGAAGAUCUGAGUAAUGAGCACAGUCACCUGCCAAAUAAAGCUUGACAAAGAAC